AUGUCAUUCAGGAUCUUCAUUCUUUGCGUCUCACUGGCCGUCGCCCACGCUGGCGCUCCCGCGACAUACGCGCCGGGACCAACGGUGUCAACCGCCCCCGCCCUAGCCUAUUCCGCAGCUCCCUCCAUAUCCCACAUAACAUAUUCCUCCCCCGUCGUCUCCUACAACAUCCCCUUCAGUACCCAAGCGAUCACAUCUCAAUCGAGCAACAUCCACCGCAGUUUCGGUAACUUGGGUCAAGUCUCCACCUAUUCCAAAACAAUUGACACCCCAUUUUCGAGCGUGAGCAAAGCAGACGUACGCGUGUCAAACCCGGGGGUUCAUCUUGCAUCCGUACAACCCGCAGUUUACGGUCCCCCGCCACCUUCUGUUGCAUACGCUGCUCACCCAGCGCCUGUUGCGUAUGCAGCCCAUCCUACACCUGUUGCGUAUGCAGCCCAUCCUACACCUGUUGCGUAUGCAGCCCAUCCUACACCUGUUGCGUAUGCGGCUCACCCGGCGCCUGUCGCUUAUGCAACCCAUUCGGCGCCUGUCGCGUAUGCAACCCAUUCAGCGCCUGUGGCAUACGCAGCUCAGCCAACACCGUUUGCCUACUCUGCAGGCGCCGCGCAGUAUGCAACCGGAGCCAUCACCUCCCAAUCCAGCAACAUCCAUCGAAGCUUUGGGAAUUUGGGACAGGUGUCGACCUACACAAAAACCAUCGAUACACCCUUCUCUAGUGUAAGCAAGGCCGACGUUCGCGUAUCAAAUCCGAGUGUUAAAUUUGCCGCUGCGGCCGCUCCCCUGGCUUAUGCCGCCCCAGCCGCCCCCGUGGCCUAUGCCGCCCCAGCUGUCCACGCCGCACCCGGACCACUCUUGGGAGUUGCUUAUUCUGCGGCUCCGGCGGUCGCCCAUGUCACCUAUGCCGCAAACUUUGGCAGCUACGAAUGGUAA